AUGCUGUCACGAGACAUCAAAUACAUACAAUCCUCGAUCCUUCAAGCGGCCAGAUCGAUGGUGGGUCGACAGCACUCCAGAGAAGGCGCAGAUUUCUUCUCCGACCUCCACAACGAGAUUUCGUUAUUCAAGGGUGGCAGAAAUUAUUACUCCAUGCUCUUUAGUCACUGGGGCCACCUGAUAGAAAAAGGAGACCGCGACAACAUCCCCUCGUGGAGCAUCCUCGUUUCUGAGACCAUGAGAACAAAAUCCCCAGUCAAAGCGCCAUGUAACGAAGUUUGUGACAGUCACACCUGCGCUGCCCCGGGACUGUGA